AUGUAUAUCAAGCGGCAAAUGACAACGCUAUUUAUAAUAUUUCUUUAUGUUGUUCUCUCGUUAUAUGCAUUACCUGACAACGAAACAAGCUAUGUUACAUUAUCUUCCACAUGUCCGACAUGUCGUCGUCUAUUUUUUCUCGGUGGUAGUAACGAGAAAAAAUCGUCCGAGCAUUUUUCACAUGCUAAACCAAAAGAACAUCAACAACAACAAUAUACAAAGCCGUCAUCCUCCUCUAGUACCGGUUUAACGGUAUAUAUUCGUCCACAAACAGCCAGUGAACUUGGUCGUAAAGUUCGCUCAUAUAGUAAAUUAUUGAAGUCAAAAUUAUAUACUAAACAAGAACUUCAAGAAUUAAAACGUUUAAAAGAAGAGAAGAAAAAUGCGAAAAAACUUCUCAAACCACAACAUCAUAAACGAAAUGUAACAAAAAAUAAACCCAAUAGUACAAUAACAUUAUUAAAAGGACAAUCCGUAAAAGGAAAAUCAUCCAAAAAGUCUAGUGCAACGAUUAAUGAUCUAGAUAAAGACCGUUGUCGUGCAAUUUUACAUAUUAAUAAUAAUAAUAAUGAUAUUGCUGAAAAAUCUUCAAAAGUUAAAAAUUCUACAAAAUUAUCAACAAAAACUAAAAGCUCGAAAGAAAAACAUUCUUCAUCGUCUUCCAAACGAAAAAAUAAACGUGAAGAAGAAGAAGAAGAAGAUAAACAUUCACGAAAAAAAAAAUUACCAAAACUAAAGACGAUCGCAGCUACAGUAGCAGCUGCAGAAGAAGAGAAAAAGAGCAAACAAAAAUUGAACGAUCAUAAUACUCCUAUUGUACCAGCGUUCAUUCAAAAUACGAUACAAAAGAAAAAGGAGCAAGUAAAUGAAAUUCCACCACCAGUUCGAUCGACGACAUCAACUCCAAAGAAAAAAGUGCCAGUGGUAGUUGAUAGAGAAAUAGUGAUGAAUAAUGGUGAUCAACAUAUUCCAGUUGAUGAUUUGGAAUUUUUAAAUGGUAGUAGUAAAAAUGAAAAUGUCGUUGGACGUGCCUAUCAUUUUGUUAAAAAUAUGUUUCAAUUAGCAGAUGAUAUUUUAGAAAAUGAUACUACAGAAAGUACUUUUGUUUCACGAAAUCAUGUAUUAGAAGAAGGUGAACGACAAGAAACCGAUGAUGUACCACAUCAAAAACGAAAAAUAUUAUCUACUCUAGACAAUGAUCACGAUACAAUUGUUUAUAAUGAUAUUACAGAUUAUGAAAUUGAUUUAUAUUUGAAUGAUUUAGGUGAGAAAAAGUUAGUACAUUUAGACAAAGUAAUUAAUAAACAAUGUAUUGAUCAUAAUCAAUGUGAAAAUGAUAAUCGACAAUUGGAUUAUGAUCUUAUUUACUCAUCAAGUGUACCCAAACGAGGAUUAUUAGCCGUUGUAUCGUCAAAAACAACAAAAAAUAAAAAGCAAAAACAAAAUAAAACAACUGCAAACAAUGCAGUAGUAGAUAAGCCCCGAGUUGGAUGGCAAUAUCGAUAUAGAAUUAGUCGAUAUAUUGAUGCACAACAGCGAUCAGCUGGCAAACAAAAGAAUAAACAGGGUAAAAAAAAAAAAUCAGUUAAUCAAGCAACCAAUCGAGUUCAUAAACGAAAACUUUUACAACAUUAUGAUAACAUUCACGUCGAUGGCAUCUUUGAUCAACAAUCAUCGAUGUUAAAUAUAAAUGAAAAAGUUGAUUCUGUUCUGAUAACGCAAGAAUUUGUACCAAAAGCAUCAGCUAUUCAACUAGAUAAUUUAUUUAUGAAACGUCACUUAUUAGCCAAAAAACAGACAAUACGAGAAGAGAAAGAAGCUGAAGAGCUUGAUGAGGAAGAGGACAUUGAUCAAGAUGAAGAAGAAAAAGCAUAUAUUCGAAAAAAGAAGAAGAAAGAUUUAUUUGAAGAGCCAACAGAGCCACAAGAUAUUGUUAAAUCAUAUGAAAAUGGUCUUUAUAAACCUCGUGUUGGCUGGCAAUUUCGUUAUCGUGUUAGUCGAUAUAUUGAUUCAUUACGACAAAAUAUACGAGAAGAUCAAGAUAGAUUAAAACAAGGUCUAAAAGCUAUUCAACGUAAAACACCACAAGAACUUAGUGGUAGAAAAAAAUUAAGAAAAGAUCGAACAAUUGCUGGAUCAAAAGAAAAUACUAUAUCAAAAGAAGAUAAAGAAGAAACGGUCAUCAAACCAAAUGUGGGAUUUCGAUAUCGUUAUCGAGUAUCAAAAAUGUUAGAAGCUAAACGAAAUGGUGUUUAUAUUGAUGAUGAAGAAGAACGACGAAAAGCUAAGGAAAAGAAAAAAUUAGAUGAUAAAUUAGAAUUAGCCAGAAAGUUAGAUGGUUCCGCCUCCAAAAAAGAUGAUGAUGAUGAAUGCAUUGAAUGGGAAAAUGAUUUGAAUUCAGAUUUAGGAAAAUUGUCAAAGGAGGAGAAAAACGUAGGAUGGGAAUAUAGAUAUCGAAUUCGUAGAAAAUUAGACGAUCUUAAACGACAACAACCAUUAACACCUGUAACAACGGAUGCUCCUGGAGGAAAAAGAUUGAAAAAACCAAUAACAAAAAAACCGGAUGUUGAUCAACAGCAACAACAACUACUAGAAGAUCAGAAAAAGAAGAUCGUUGGUUGGAAAUAUCGAUAUCGAGUAUCAAAAAUGUUAGAAGCACAAAAACAAGAAAAACUCGACGGAACAACUUCAACGAAAAAAACUUUAUCUGCAAAAGUUAUUAAUGAUAAGGAUAAAUUGGAUCCGAUUCUUGCUAAUUUAACACCGGAACAAAAAGAGGUAGGAUGGGCCUACAGAUACCGUAUACGACGAAAAUUAGAUGAAACUCGGAAUGCGACGUCGCGAACAGAUGGAGGUAAACGUUUAAGAAGUAAGAAGCCUUCGAAUGAAACAACACCCGAACCAACUCGAACGAGAAAACGUAAACCAAAACAAAAAAUGAAACAAAUAGAAGAACAAAUUGAAAAAAUUUUGAAUAUCGAAGAUAUAAAAGAGACACCGUUUUAUGAAUAUUUUUUCAUGUCCUAUAAUUAUGUUCUUCAUGAACUAUUACCAGCACUUCAUAAGUCUCUCUGUCAAUUACCCAUAGGCAUGCCAUUUUGUGAUGAUACAGAUGAUGAAGUAAGUCAACAAAAACAAGAAGAGAAACCACCAGUGCAAAAGAAGAAGUUGAGAACAAAAAAAGAGCAACGGGCCAAACAAUUUAUUCGUACAAAAGCCUCGAGACUCGUAUCCGAUGAUGAUAAUGAUAAACCGAUUGAUGAAACAUUGAAAAAAAUCAUGAAAAAAGCAACAACAGCCACCACGAUCGCCACACCUCCAACAUCUACAACAACUCAAGUUCCAAAACAUGACACUGCUGAUGCUAGCGGAAGUAGUAGUAAUACCAUUACACCAAAACGGAAGAAAGCACCUCAUCGUCGUAAGGUACUGAUCGAUGAACAGGUACAACAUUACGAUGAAGAAGAAACACCUGUGAAAAAGGUCAUUGGUGUUGAAACAAAAAAGAAGAAUAUGAAAAAACGUUUUCAUCUGAUUGGAAAAGAAACAAAACCCUCACGACAUCGAAAUAAAACAAAAACAUCAAUUGGAACAUCAUCUGAUAUUGAUAGUGGGAAACAGAGUAGUAAUACAGUGAAAUCAACCAUUGAUCAUGGCGUGCCUCAAACAUUCACUAAUGAAAAAGUUGAACCGCCAAAACCGCCAAAUCAUCUACAUUUGAAACAGAUUAUUACUGAUGAUCAAACAAAAACCAAAAACACUGAUAAGACGCCUGUUGAAUCCAAUAAUAAUAAUCGAGAAUCAUCUGAAACAACUUCUAAAACAAACCCUACCGAAACAAAGGUACCCGUUCGUGAAAAUUUAAAAUUAUCUGAUGUUGUUGAUAAAGUAAAAGAUGAUGUUGUUGAAAAAGUAAAUAAUGUUGUUGAAAAAGUAAAUGAUGUUGGUGAAACUAUUAUACAGCAACCAAUCGUUGAAACGGUUAAAAAAGAAGCAGAAAAAUUUUUAAAACAUCCAAAUGAUGACAUUUCGUCAAAGAAAAUAGCCGAAGAAACCAAUGAAGCGAAUGAAGAUAUACUUGAAAAUUCAAAAUUAAAUCAACAACAGAAAACACAAACGAAUGAUGAUGAGAAAGAUCAAACGGGCAAUGAGACUGAUAGUGAAGAAGAAAGCAGUGAUGAUGACGAUAAUGAUAAUAGUGAUGGGGAAGAAGAAGAAGAAGAAGAUGACGAUGACAAUCAAAAAAAAGAUAAAAAAUCCGAGGAUUCACAAGGAUUUCUUCAAUCACCCAUUAAAAAAAUGAAUAAAUAUUAUGAGAAUGCUAAAGAAAGUGUACACGAUGUAUUUGAUCUAGAAAAUGAUAAAAAUGAGCCCAAAUAG